ACAUCAAAUUAUAACAUCGACUGCAAUUCAACUUUUAUAACAUGUGUUACUAGUCAACUUUUAUAACAUCAAAUCCGAAAACACUACUUAUUCCAUACAAUCUCAAUCUCUAAACGAAAUUGAAGAACAAGUUUGACAUAAACCCUAAUUUACUCACUUGCAUAACUUAAUUUCCUAUAUUCUAGAUAAAACGAUCCUCAAAUAAUUCGACUAUACAUAUCUUAUAGAUCUCGCAAUUUGAGAAGAGAAGCAUUUGAAUCGAUCAAGCAAACUGGGAUACUAUUACGCCUUUGAAUGUAAAUACAAAUCCUAAUCUGAAGCAUAUGAUCGAUCGAUUUCAAAGGAAUGGAAGCAAAGCGACGAGAAAAUUCGACAAGUCUUCGGAAUCUAACUAACUAGUAACGCGCUUCUCAUUUAAACUGUUUUAGUUGAUUCACAAAUGAAAGAUGCAGAUAAACAUCUUCCAACAUAAAAAUUCUCAAAUUUCAAUUUGCUGAAAAAAUAUUGUUUUUCUCUUCGAAGAAAGCACUCAAGUUAGAAAAAAGGUAAUCUGUGGUUUUUUGUAUCUCCGGUCACCGGCUUUCCUUACGGGUUAUGUGAGACGUUUAAUUAUCUGGGUUGUUGGAUUCUAAAAUCUUCUAAUACAAACUCAUAUAAUUAUAAUUUUUAUACCAAAACAAUCUUAUUAUAAGUAAAUCUUACAAAAUAUAUAUUUUACGGACAGGAACAAAACCGUGGAGAAGAAAUAAACGAAUUAGGGUUUCGACCAAAGAUGGAACAAGGAGAAGAGAAGAACGAAAAUGUCACGAGAAAAAGUGGAAGACGAAGUGAACCAUCAUCGUUGUCAAAAUCAGCAUCGUCCUUACUUCUCGAUCUAACCUCGGAGAUACUCCUAAGGCUGCCUGCGAAGUCAGCUGUGAGGUUUCGUUCUGUUUCGAAGCUUUGGUCAUCGAUCACCACUAAUCCAUAUUUCAUCAACUCGUUUCAAAGUCGACCUAAUCUUCUUCUCUUCUUCCGAGAAGGUGAGAGGUUACUUGUUUUCACGCUUCCUCAACACAAUCGGAAUCCGAAUGGAUCUUCUUCUCAGCCUAUUGAUAGUUACCAUAUAAACUAUCCAAAUCGUUCCUUCACCAUUAAAACCGAGUCGGUCCACGGCUUGAUUUGCUUUCAGAAAGCAGGAAACCCUUUAGUUUGGAACCCUACUAUGAGAAAGCUCUUACCUUUACCUUUACGCAAACCCGAGAAGAGCUGGAAGAGUAUGAACUUCUUUUUAGGUUAUGAGCCAGUCGAAGGUAAACACAAAGUAGUGUGCAUGCCUUGUGGUAGAGCUUAUUAUGAUGAGUGUCAGGUUUUAACAUUGGGAUCAGAUCAAGAAUCAUGGAGAACGGUCAAAACCAACCACAAGGGUGGCCCUGUCACUGUCCAUCGAACAAUUUGCUAUGGACAAUGCAGAUGCAUCAAUGGUGUUAUAUAUUACCUAGCCGGUAUUAAUUUUGUUCUGGUUAUAAUGAGUUUCGAUGUAAGAUCUGAAAAGUUCGAUGUGAUAGAAUUACCAUGGGAUAAUAAGCUUUGGCCUACGAUGUUGAUAUCUUAUGAAGGAAGGUUAGUUUGUCUUAGUUCCAAUGGGAACAAUAGUCGUUCAAUGUGGGUUUUAGAGGAUGCAGAGAAACAGGAAUGGUCGAGUUAUAACCUUUUACCUCUUUCUCACUAUGAUCCGGGUUCGGAAGACCUUUUCAAACUAAUAGGUAUUACUAUUGAUGGUGAACUGAUUUAUGUACCAAACGCGGUGUUCGAAUCUUUUGAUGUCAUAUAUAUUGAUCCAAAGAGAAAGACGUUUAGAAGAGUAGGAUAUAGAGGAAUUGGAGAUAAAGAUUUUAGACAACGCAAUGAACUUGGAGAAAAACCUCUGCGUGGGCUUCAAUUUUAUCCCAAUCACAUUGAAACUCUCAUGUCUUUGUAGUUUUCUUUUUUAUAUAUAUGGUUUUCUUCUUAUUUUUAUAAUGACACUAUAUUUAUGCAACCUUAUGAUUUCUUAUUCUUUCAAUAUCUUUACAUUUUAAUUGUAAUCUUCUGGCUUUUUCCAUAAUUUUUGUAUCCUUCUUUUAACAAACUUCCUUCAUCAUGGAAGCCAGAUGA